GCCCCGCCACCCUGUCAAGCCAGGCCAGCAUUGUGAGGCUGGGGGCAGAUGAUCAGUUCCAUGGCCAUGGCGGGCUCAGAAGAGGUUCAGAGGGCCACAGAGCUGAUUGAUCAGAGACUGGCACAGGAGGAGGAAGAGGAGAAUCAGAAACUCCACAAUGCCUCGAACAUGAAGCCCGGGCCGAUGCAGAUGGACAUGUUGGUUCUGGAGGAUGAGAAGCACCACGGGGCCCAGAACCUGGCUCUGCAAAAAGUCAAGGGCCAAGAGAGGGUUCGAAAGACCUCGCUGGAUCUUCGCCGAGAGAUCAUCGAUGUGGGUGGGAUCCAGAACCUCAUUGAGCUUCGAAAGAAACGGAAGCAAAAGAAGAGAGAGGCAUUAACCCUGACCCCAGAGCCUCCGCCCGAAACCCAGGAAAUCACUGGACCCAUAGAAGAGGAGAUGUUCCUGAAAGCCGCUGUGGAGGGGAAAAUGAAUAUCAUUGAGAAAUUCCUGGCCGAUGGGGGUUCUGCUGAUACCUGCGAUGAGUUUCGCCGGACGGCCCUUCACCGGGCCUCCUUGGAGGGCCACAUGGAGAUCCUGCAGAAGCUGCUGGACAGUGGAGCCACUGUGGACUUCCAGGACCGGCUAGACUGCACAGCCAUACAUUGGGCUUGCCGCGGAGGCCACCUGGAGGUGGUGAAGCUUCUGCAGAGCCAUGGGGCAGACAUCAACGUUCGAGACAAGCUCCUGAGCACUCCCCUCCACGUGGCAGCCCGCACAGGCCGAGUAGAGAUUGUGGAAUACUUUCUCUCCAUGGGAGUGGAUAUCAAUUCCCGGGACAGGGAAGGAGACAGCGCCCUUCAUGAUGCCGUACGCCUUAACCGCUACAAGAUCAUCAAGAUGCUGCUUUUGCAUGGGGCCGACAUGAUGGCCAAGAACGUGGCAGGGAAGACCCCCACAGACCUUGUGCAGCUCUGGCAAACUGAUACCCUCCACGCCCUGGAGCACCCGGACCCAGAUCCCUCCCAGGCUCAGAAUGGUCUGGAGGGGUCUGGCGAGAGCAGGGCUGAGACCCCACAGCCUGCGCCCUCACAAUAAAUCUCAUUCACCGGCUGAAGCCUGGUCUGGGGACGGUGGCCGCAGAGACUCCUGAACACGGCUUCACUCCCUUUCACAUCUGAAUGAAUUGUCCAGUCUCGGCAGAUGUGUGAAACCGGGCUAGGCUCUGUACAUAGGUAAACUGCAGACAAAGCCCUGCACUCUCUAGCGGGAGGAAACACACAGGGCUGCUAUCAAGUGGGCAUUUGCAUUUCCACACCCUCAGCCCCCAAACCACAGUAUAAGGAAUCUAGCCACAAUAAAAAGAAAUCAUGGUUUUUUGCUAUCGGGAGUGACCUUUUUCUUUUCCUUUUGACAGAAAGGAAGACGUUAAGGAGGGAAUGAGGGAGUGGGAAAAGAGGCUGUAGGGAGGAGAAAGGGGAAGAUUGAAAAUGGCCACUGUCUCUUCAUUGGACCUUCUCUGUGGCCCCUAACACUGUUGACCACCCUCUUCUCGGAGAUGCUCUCUCCUCUCAGGAGUUUACUGAAUGCCGCUUUCUUCUUCUUCUUCUUCUUUUUUUUUUUUUUGCGGGGCAGUGAGGGUUAAGUGACUUGCCCAGGAUCACACAGCUAU